CGGGUUCGGACUCUUUCCAACAGCUUUCAUCCGGAGCAUCUGUCAUUACAUCAAAAAUCAACUUUCUUUCCUCUACAAACGAUCAAAUUCACUUAGUAGAAUCAGUAUGUAAAUAAAUUAAAAAAAUCAUAGGCAUUGUGAUCUGUAGUGGCUUUUUUUUGUUAGUUUUAUAUUGAUAUGACAAAAUGCUUCCCGCGGCCGGAUUGUUUCGCUCGGUUAAUUGUCCUUUCUUCGAAAAGGAUCUAUGCACCAGACCUUACUGUCACUUCAGGCAUAUAAAACCAGAAAUACCAGCAACUGCAACGUACAGUGCAACACCUAAAAGCAUAUUGAACAAAACCAAUUCUAACUUAGCUACAGUUUCUGAUGGACCACUCAAGAAAAAGCCAAAACUUGAAUACAUCCCAAUGCCUACAAUAAUAGCCCCUAAAUACAUACCUAGUGUGAAAUUAACAACUAGCUGUACAGAGCAAAAAUUAGGCGAUUCUGCACUGGUCGAGGAAAAGAAUUCCAAAGACACUAAUAUAGAGAAUGAAUACUAUAAGUCUCCGGAAGAAACAACAGCAAUCAAAGAGGAAAAGGUGAUAACCUGUAAUGGACAUGAUGAUAAAAAUCUAAAGAACUCUGAAGAUAUUUGCCCGAAGACAAAAAUUGGAAUUGAUAAAUCAGAAAAAACGGUAGUAAUUAAUGAGGUUACAAAAUCAUCAGAUUACAGUAAAAAAGAAAAAGAAAUUUCCUCACGGAAAUCUAGUAGCAGCCGAAGCUCGCAUAAGAGUAGUAAAGAAGUUAAAGAUCAUCGAAAUAAUAGCAAUAGUAGCAAGGAGUUGGACCGGAAGAAGACAUCAAGUUCAACAAGCGAACGAAAACAUUCAUCGUCCUCACACAAAGAAGACAGGCAUAGAACAAAAUGCGAAAAGAGAAGAGAUUACUCGAAAGAUCGAAUAAAAUCUAAGCCAAAGGAAGAUUCACAUAGUAAGGAGAAAAUUUCUGUAAAAGAAAAAGAUCGCAGCAAAUCAACGGACAAAGAUCGUCAUCGAUCAUCUCACAGCUCUAGCAAAAAUUCUUCAAAAAGUAUUAGUAGUUCUAAGAGUUCAUCAUCAUCAUCAUCAUUAUCAUUAUCUAAAAAGAAUGAUCACAGUAAACUACAACAAAUUGCGGUUCAAUCGUGUUCGUUCAAACCAAAGGUGGAAUUGGCAGAAGAAAUUUACAGGGAACUACUCGAUAAUCCACCUAGCGAUAUAGACAUCGAAAGCGACGAAGACGAAGUUAUGAAGCAAUGCAAACUGAUUUUCGAAGAAUAUGACGCCUCUUCAUCUUUGGAGCCGCCGACUCGAGAAAAGUCGGACACAAAAGAUGACGGUAAUUCAACGGAACUAAUUGACAUGUUUGCCGACAAGUACUAUGACGAAAAUCGUAAGAAACGUGUCGCACAUGAAAAUGUUACAGCAUCUAAACCGGUUAACAAAGCGCCACCUCCAACCAAAAAAACCAAUCAUGUACAAAAUGCGAUGAGGUCUGUUUAUCACCGACAAGAAAUUGUACGCAAACAACAGGAAGAACUGGCUGCCAAAAGACGUCUGGAGGAAGAAUCCAAGAAACGCAUUGAAGAGGAAACGCUCAAAGCGAUGAAUAAAGCAGUCACACCCAGGCUGAGUAAUGGAUCUCCGCGAUCACCAGUUCUUAGCCCCACUUCGGUAAAUGUUUCCCCAGCCGUGGAAAAAUCGCCAGUUUCUCCAAUUAGUGCUAGUAGUUUUUACAACAAGUCUCCCGAUACGAUCAUAUCUACUCCCAGAAGUCGAUUCACUCCUCCCGCGAAUGUAUUAGCUUUUCAAAAAGCAAAGGAAAGAAUUGAACAUCUGAAGAAAAUGAGAGCAGUGAAUACUCCAGCUCAAACAGCACCCAAAGGAACAGCACGAAUGGCCCAUAUGGGUACUGCUUCAGCUGAAGCUUCUUCGUCCAGUCCAACUACUCCUGCCACACCAUCAAAGCCAGCACCGCCAGUGUUGGAGCCAGAGUCUACUAAAAUUUCGUACAAUAUUCGAAUGCAAUUUUACAAUCUAAUGAUAAAGCAAUGUCUUUGCAUCUAUGCAACGUGUGAAGACGCAUGGGAUCGAGCACAAACUGAGGAAUUGGCGGUGUUUAAAAAGUGCAACACUGCUGUUAUUUAUAAAAGUAGUGCGCUACUAACGAUCAAUAAAUUGCGGAAGGAAGCUGGCGAUGCAGGAAACGUUUCAGCAAAUAAGAACAAAACUAUUUCCCAUGAUGUCAUCUUGGCUGGAAAAAUGGGUCAGAACAUUUCAUGGAGUGUCAAUAAAAAACUGAAAACGGAAGUGAAAUCUACCUAUAAUAUCGAUACGGCUCCCUCUACGGUAGUGUACAAAAUGAUAUACGAAUGUAUUCUGACGGAGGAACAGCUCCAAACGAACGGAUUUCCUCGUGCGACCGACAUUCUCGGUAAAGCUAAAAUGUAUACUCCGAAACCAUCUCGGCCUCCCGACGAAACCGAAAGGUAUUGUUCUCGGUGCUCGAAGGUGUACAAUAUGGACUCAUACGACGAACCGGCUGUCGACUCCUGCAACUAUCACAAUAAGAGUACAUGCUAUCGGCGCGGCUUCGCGGACAAUAUGCAUAGCUGUUGCCAGCAACCGGCUGGAUCACCCGGGUGUAUGUACGCUAAUUAUCACGUUACCAGCUACUUAGAUUAUGACAAUCUCACCGGGUUCGUGAAGACAAUGGAUCCACCCGAAGGGUAUGUCCCCUCCAAAAAAGAUAUUUUUGCGCUGGAUUGUGAGAUGUGUUAUACUACCGUUGGCCUAGAGUUAACUCGUGUGACCGUAGUUGAUAUUAACGAAAAAACUGUUUACGAUACUUUGGUGAAGCCGGCGAAUAAAGUAGUUGAUUACAACACCAGGUUCUCCGGAAUAACAGAACAGAUGCUUAACGACACCACCACGAACCUACACAACGUGCAGGCCGUUCUUUUGUCAAUGUUCAAUUCAGAAUCUAUUCUCGUUGGUCACAGUUUGGAGAGUGACUUCAAGGCACUGAAAUUGAUUCAUGACGUCGUGGUUGAUACAUCAGUAUUGUAUCCUCACAAAAUGGGACCACCGAAAAAACGAGCUUUAAAAACACUUUGCAUCGAAAAUCUGAAGAAAAUUAUUCAGGAAAAUGAUGCGGGACACGACAGCGCUGAAGAUUCGGUUGUGUGUAUUCAACUGAUCAAACAUUAUUUAAGGAAUCGCAUUCUAUGAUUACAGCAUUGGUGCACGUUAAUAAUUUAAAAAAUCAAACUACUAUAAGGAUAUACUUACCUUAUGUUACUAUAAUCAUUUAUUAUUUAUUUAUUAUUUUCAUUACAUCGUUCACACAACUUUACGCUAGAUAAUUCAUAGUGAUUUUUUUAUGUUCGAAAAACGUUUUUUUAUUCACCGGAACAAAUAUUUUAAGCUGGACUCGAGAAAACUAGUUGACCUUUGUAAUGCACAUUAUUUAAUACAACAGAAAUAUCUUAAAACGUA